CCCGUUCUUCCUGUUUUCAACUUCACAAAACCGUUACAAUAUGGCAGCUCCAAAAUCACUCCUACUUUCAUUAUCAAUCCUACUAUUAAUCAUCUCCACAGCUUCCUCCAAACAACCUCAAGAUCUCGAAGAAGAAGAAGAUCUCAGUUUCCUAGAAGAAGCCGAACACGACGACACCGAAUCACACCACCACGGUUACGAUGACCACGAUUUCGAGAACUACGAUGAUCUGGAUGAUUUCGCAACCGGAGAGGGAGAAUACGAGGAUUCUGAAUCGGUAUUGGAAGCUGAGAUCGAUGAGAGUGAUGUGGUGGUGUUGACGGCGUCUAAUUUUAGUGAUUUUGUGGAGAAAAAUAGGUAUGUGAUGGUGGAGUUUUACGCGACGUGGUGUGGACAUUGUAUGGCGUUGAAACCGGAAUAUGCGGCGGCGGCGACGGAGUUGAAGGCGGAGGAGGUGGUGCUGGCGAAGGUGGAUGCCGGUGAGGAGACUGAGUUGGCUCAGAAGUAUAAUGUUGAAGGGUAUCCUACUUUGUUCUUGUUUGUUGAUGGUGUUCAUAAGCCCUAUAAUGGUGCCAGAAAUAAGGAUGCAAUUGUGAGUUGGGUGAAGAAGAAGACCGGUCCCGGUCUACACAAUGUAAUGACGGUUGAGGAAGCUGAACGGAUAUUGGCCAGCGAGUCACCCAUAGUUGUGGGUUAUGUUGAAAAUCUGGCGGGUCCAGAUAGUGAAGAACUUGCUGCAGCUUCAAAACAGGAAGAUGAAGUAAGCUUCUACCAAACAUCCAAUGCUGAUGUGGCAAAGCUUUUCCACAUCAAUCCACAAGGGAAACGUCCAGCUCUGGUCUUGUUAAAGAAUGAAGAUGAAAAAGUUAGCCACUUUGGAGGUCAGUUCACGAGAUCAGAAGUGGCAGAGUUUGUGUAUAAGAACAGGCAUCCUUUGGUGAUUUACUUCACUCGUGCAAGUGCUUCCUCAGUAUUCGAGAACCCAAUCAAGAAUCAGGUGAUCCUUUUUACUACUUUGAAUGAUACCGAGAAGUUCCUUCCCAUGUUCCAAGAGGCAGCAAAAGAUUUUACGGGAAAGGUGCUUUUUGUGUAUGUUCCAAUGGAUGAAGAAGAUGCUGGUAAACCAGUUGCCGAAUACUUUGGCAUUGACGGAGAUGCCCCGAGGGUUAUUGCCUUCACUGGAAAUGAGGAUUCUAGAAAGUUCUUUUUGGAUGAUGAAUUGACUUUGAAUAACAUCAAGUCGUUUGGUGAAAAUUUUCUACAAGACAACCUCAAGCCCUUCUACAAGUCUGAUCCAAUUCCAGAGACUAAUGAUGGGGAUGUAAAAAUAGUAGUUGGUAACAGCUUUGAUGAAAUAGUUUUGGAUGAAUCAAAGGACGUUCUUCUAGAGAUAUACGCUUCAUGGUGUGGCCAUUGCCAAGCACUCGAACCAACUUACAAUAAACUUGCAAAACAUCUACGUGGCAUUGAUUCCUUAGUUAUUGCCAAAAUGGAUGGAACCACAAAUGAACACCCUCGAGCUAAGUCUGAUGGGUACCCGACACUUCUUUUCUUUCCUGCUGGCAAUAAGAGCUUUGACCCGAUCACAGUAGAUACAGACAGAACAGUGAAAGCUUUCUACAAGUUCCUCAAGCAGCAUGCCGCAAUCCCUUUUAAGCUCCAAAAACCGGAGUCAACUCAAAAACCCGAGUCAACACAGAAAACCGAGUCGACUCAGGAUAGCAGCAAUAAAGAUCUGAAGGAUGAAUUAUGAGGGGAAGUUUUCUGGGGAAGAGCAAGAAUUCCGGUGCCGAUACUUGUUCCGAUGAUCAGAGCCACCGCUCCGGCGACAGUACCCUUUUUGGUACCGGAAACUGCAAUCGGAUCCACUUUACUCUGUUUCUUUAAAGUUCCUUUUAGUUGUGAAUUUUCUCCUUGAAAUUGACAUGUGGUAUAUGCAUAAUGGUAACUGCUAUUCAAGAAAAUAAAUAAAUAAAAAUAAUCAAGAAAA